CACUUUUGUGAAAAACAAAUGAGAAGAUUAAGUAAAACUUUAUAUAUUUUACACAAAGCACUAAAGUGGAAGGAUUAUAUACAAAAUUUCUUCUGUAAUCUUUAUUUCUCUCUAAGGAAUUAUCUGACGUAACUGCUAACUGCAUCAGCUAAAAGUCUAUUCCUGAUGAUCUUGGAUGUCUUCUCUCGCUCUCUUUUAUUUUUUUUAAAUUUUGUUUUCAAUAGAACUCUUUCUAUCCAGUAUCCUCAUUAAGAUGUGCUUGAAAAAAUUCCUUUGAAGAGUCAGAAGUUUUGUGCAGGCCCCAGGUGAGGUGUACUGACACAGCACAUCCCAAAGAUAGGUGCUGCAGAUUAGAGAAGUCCUAGCUUUGUGAUUAUGUGCCUUUUGCCUCUAUAAUAUGAAGAAGGAUAUUUGUCCUCUUCAUUGCUAAGUUUAAUCGUGGGCACAUAGUCUGUAAUCAGUUUUACUGGACACUAGGUAAUUGCCAUGGUAGCAGCAGCAUUCUGAAUGGUUUUUUUGCUUGUCCAAUUUGGUCUCAUAGGUGACUUUUGAACUAAAUAAAAAGUCCCAAACCAGCUCCCUGUUUGUAGUUCUUUAAAAAAAGAAAUCUUUUGCAUUGGAGAAGACAAAUUCAGCUCUAAUGAAAUUAAGCAUAAUGGAAAGAUGGGACAUUUACUUUUGCAAAACUUGCCUACCAUAUAGAUUUUCCAUGACGCAAUGUAUUAGUUCUGUAAGGAGUUUUCUUCUUGCUGAAAGAUAGGCAACUACUUUAAGACCAGUUGCAGGACAGAUAUACUAAAGUAUACUAACUAAAAAUUUCACAGAAGUGACUACUUUCUGGUUUUUUAUGGGUUUGUUACCUCGAAUUGAGGUGGCACCAGCUGCCGCCUGUCUGCAUCACUUGUGCAUAGCCCGCAUAUCAUUCACCAAUGGGAGUGAAGUAAAGUGUCCCUGCAGCUUUGUGGAGCAAGACAUAUUUCUCAGCAGCACAAGCUCAAACCCUGCUCGAGGCUUGCACCAAGUCAAACAGGAGCUUGUGAGAACAUUUCUUUUGCUAGGUCUAUUGUGCAGAACUUUCUAUUCUGCUGAACUAACUGUAGAAGAGAAACAUGCUUCUGGAUUGUGUUGUGUUUCUAUGGAUGAAGCAGCACUUUGCAUGAGGUGGUGAAGCACUUUACUUGGCGAGGAAGAUGAAGCAUGAAGCUUCUUUAUUGCCUCCCAUGUUGAGACAUAAGAAGAGGAAAAUAUAUGUGUGAGAAGAGAGAAUAAGGCACUACUACACUUCCCACCCUUGUGCGCACACCUACCUUGAUGAUGCAGCCUUCCCUGGAUAUCAAACCCUUUAUGUCCUUCCCUGUGGACAGCAGCUCUGCUGUUGGAUUCUUCCCAAAUUUUAACACAAUGGAUCCUGUGCAAAAAGCAGUCAUAAACCAUACAUUUGGAGUGUCCAUUCCCCCAAAGAAGAAGCAAGUCAUUUCCUGUAAUGUCUGCCAGCUUCGUUUUAACUCUGAUAGCCAGGCCGAGGCCCACUACAAAGGAAGUAAACAUGCCAAGAAGGUCAAAGCACUAGAGGCAACGAAAAACAAACCCAAAGCUGGUUCUUCCAAGGACAGCGCAAAGGUUAACACGGGCUGCUCCGCCACGCCAGUCACAGCCAACAUCUCUGACAAAUCAGAAGAUAAAGGGAAAGAAAAACCCAACAGUGCAAGUCAGCAGUCCAAUACAGAAGUGGAUGGUUUUCUUCCCAAACCUGGAGUGGCACCUGCAGCACCUGCCUCAUCCUCCAAGAGCACAAAUGGAGCUGCUAACACAGUUACUGAGUCAGAAGAGGAAAAAGCCAAAAAACUACUUUACUGUUCAUUAUGCAAAGUGGCUGUGAAUUCCCUUUCACAACUAGAAGCCCACAAUACAGGUUCCAAGCACAAGACCAUGGUGGAAGCUCGGAAUGGUGCUGGUCCCAUCAAGUCUUACCCUAGGCCUGGAUCCCGAAUGAAGAUGCAGAAUGGCAGUAAAGGCUCAGGACUGCAGAACAAGACGUUCCAUUGUGAAAUCUGUGAUGUCCAUGUUAAUUCAGAAAUUCAGCUUAAGCAGCACAUUUCCAGCCGAAGGCAUAAGGACAGAGUUGCAGGAAAGCCUAUGAAACCUAAAUAUAGUCCUUACAACAAACUGCAGCGCAACCCAAGUAUUUUAGCAGCAAAACUGGCAUUCCAGAAGGACAUGAUUAAGCCGCUGGCACCUGCUUUCCUGUCAUCUCCUCUUGCUGCAGCUGCAGCUGUAUCAUCAGCUCUGUCCCUCCCUCCCCGGCCCUCGGCAUCCCUGUUCCAGGCACCAGCAAUUCCGCCAGCUCUGCUCAGGCCAGCCCACGGGCCCAUCCGGGCAACGCCUGCCUCCAUACUCUUUGCACCGUACUAAUUUAUUGAUGUGAAAAAGAGUUAACUAUGGCCAGUACAAAGGGUAAAGGGAAGCAGGAAAUGGGUUGAAAUUUUAAAGUGUUUCUCUUUUGCAAUGCCAUCCAGCGUGACACCUCAUCCAACCGCAUCAUAAAAUCCAUCACUGACAGCACUGCAUUCUGGAGUCUAGACAACUCUGUCUUCUCUCUGUCUAUAUUUUUUUAACCAAAACAGUGUGAUUUGAUUGAGAAUUAAAUUGCUCAUAAAAUUUAUACCAUUAAAGAUUCAUGCAUCUAUUCAUUUUUUCUUUUUUAUUUUUUUUCAAUUUAUAUGACGCACCUUGGAAUCAAGGAACAUUAAAUAUUUUCCUGACAGACUUGAAAACUAGGGUCUUCCUCACUCACACUUAUGUAAAUACUUCUCUGAAAAGCAACGGGUUAUAAUCUAAUGUGGAAAAAAGGAAAAGGUAGAUGAACCAAAUGCUUGACUGCAGACAACAUCUCAAAAAAGAAUUGCAUCCAUUCUUUUUGUGUGCUCUUGUUGACAGGGAUUGUGUGCUGUCCUAGACCCCAGUACUGGUGUAUCUUGUGUAGUACUACAGAUGUACUAUGUCUGAUUUUAAUAUUUUUAGUUUCUGUGCAAAUGUUUGAAAGCAAUGCAAUGCUGAAGCUUUUAAUUAUUUCUUUUGUGUCAUACUUUAUUUAGAGAAAUCAAAAAUAGAAAGCCAUAUAACAUAGAGUUAAGAUUACUGCUUGUUUGCUACUUUCAUUUAACUUAUUUUUGUUGUUUCUCCACUGGUGUUACUAAGCAAUGUUUAAAGAGAAAAAAAGCUUUUCAAUUGCACAUUGCCACAGCUCACAUGCGUUGUUCAAGAAGACAAUGGAUCCAUGUGUUUGUACGUAAAUAUCCUGUUUUCUUAAUUUCUAACUAGUUUCCUUUGUAAUGAUGCUGCAUAACAUUGUGGCUCCCUAAUGCAAUAAUGUACAGAACAUAAAAUAUUUAUAAUUGACCGUAUUCUCUGUUUACUGAAUAUAUUGCAGUAAUGUCCCACCUAUCUUCUUACCUCCCCAACCCUUUUAUAAAGGUGAAUCAAUAUGCAGUGCUCAGACUGGAGUCAUUAUGUGAUAAUGAGGACUACAGGUGGAAGAAAUGAAAAAAAAAAAAAGAGAAUUAACUUUUAGAGCAUCUCUAUCAGCAAUCCAUAAUAGUAAGAUGUCUGUGUAUUUUUUUAAAUGUACCUUUUCAAUAAAAUAAUAAGAAAAUU